AAACACUUAGGAAACCUGCCCACAUGCUGCCCUCACCUCCUCGACCCAGAUAUCGCCAUCAGCAGCAUCCUCCUCCUCAGAGAGGCAUGCAUUUGAUGCCUGAGGUCCCAGGCAGUUGAGGUCCUUGGCAAGUGACGUACCUCACUGCUCACAUCCCCCUCAUCAACUGGAACAUCCUCCGACAUGGCCCGGAUGCUGUUGCUCGUCUUUAUCGUGGUUCAGCCAGGAUCCUGUGCUCUCUGGGUGUCCCAGCCCCCUGAGAUUCAUACCCAAGAGGGUGCCACUGCCUUCCUGCCCUGCUCCUUCAACGCCAGCCAAGGGAAACCAGCCAUUGGCUCUGUCACAUGGUACCGGGACAAGGUGGCCCUGGGGAAGGAGAUGAGGAACGAGACCCCAGAGUUCAGGGGACGCUUGGCCUCUGUUGCCUCUGCCCGCUUCCUCUGUGACCACCAGGCUGAGCUGCACAUCUGGGACAUCCGAGGCCAUGACGCCGGCGUCUACGUGUGCAGGGUGGAAGUGCUGGGCCUGGGUGUCGGGACAGGGAAUGGGACUCUGCUGGUGGUGGAGAAAGGACCUCCUCGGCUGGGGGCCAGCACAGUCCUCCUCCUUCGGGCUGCAUUAUAUGCCUUCAGCUUUCUCUCUGUGGCCAUGGGCAGCACCAUCUACUACCAAGGCAAAUGCCACUGUCACAUGGGAACACACUCCCACUCCUUGGAUGGCCUCUGAUGAGUGAUUCCAGACUCCAGUGAUCCCAACUCUCUUCAAAGGACCCCAAUAGGGGCCGGCCCCGUGGCUUAGCGGUUAAGUGCACAUGCUCCACUACUGGCGGCCCGGGGUUCAGAUCCCGGGUGCGCACCGAUGCACCGCUUCUCCAGCCAUGCUGAGGCCGUGUCCCACAUACAGCAACUAGAAGGAUGUGCAACUAUGACAUACAACUAUCUAUUGGGGCUUUGGGGGGAAAAAAAAAGGAGGAGGAUUGGCAAUAGAUGUUAGCUCAGAGCCAGUCUUCCUCAGCAAAAAGAGGAGGAGUAGCAUGGAUGUUAGCUCAGGGCUGAUCUUCCC